GCCGAGUUCGACGCUGUCACCGAUGACUUGAAACAGCGUUCUUUUUUCUUAAAGAAAGUACACAAAAUGUUAUCAAUUAUACUACUAUUUUGGAGUUUUUCACUCGGGACUAAUGCUAUUACGCAAACAGCCGGAAAUUUUGAAGCCCCUUCAUUUGGAAUAUAAAAAAGUUACGAUCUUUGUGUUAUUUUUGUGAAUUUCAAAGGAAUUUAAAAAAUGGGUAGUUGUGUUUCCAAGGAAGGAACCUUUGGGGGAUUGACAAAGAAGAAGAACAGGAAGAUUUUGUGUAAAAGAAGGAUCAUUAGAAGGAGGGUUUCAUCUCGUAAGCUCGAGAAUGGGGAAUUUGUUGCUGGUUCUAAGGAUUUUUCUCGUGCUAGUUCCACUAUCCAAGGAAAUGCAGACAUGGCUUGGCGUGAUUGUUUGUCAGUGUUUGAAUCUGAAUUGGAUGAAGAAUUUUAUAGCGUACAUGAUGGUAUGUGUUCAGUUUUGAUCAGUUUAAUCUCCAUUUCCCCUAAUGAAUUAGGUUGGUAUGGAUUUAAAUUGUAAUCUCAUUUCGUGUUG